CAUUUUAUAUAUUGAUGAAAAAAAGUGACAACCUAUAUAAACCUAGCGAUAAAACACACAAGGUAAAGUUACUACACCUAUCAACAUGUUACAAUACUUUGUUUAUUUCAUUCUAAUGGUUGUUGUUCUACAAAUACACUAUAUAGAGGGUCGAUCUGAACCUAGGCCUGUCCAGGAUCCAUGUUAUCUUCCAAAAAAGACUGGGUUCUGUAGGGCAGCUUUUCCACGAUAUUUUUAUAACGCUGAUACAGGAGACUGUGAACGGUUUAUCUAUGGCGGAUGUCGUGGGAAUGGAAAUAAUUUCAAAACAAUUAGAGAAUGUAGAAGGACCUGCCUUAAGAAAGAUAUUAUAAUAGACCCGAUACGUCCUAUUAAGUGUGGACCAGUUUGUAUGAUAUUCUGUGAAAAUGGGAACGUUAUGGACAAACGUGGAUGUCCUACAUGCAAAUGUAGACCGUCACCAUCUGACAUAGGGAGAUGUCCAAGAAAUUCGAGGUCAAACAUAACAUGUCCUAAAAUAAAGAAUCCAGAAUGUAACAGGGACCGUGACUGUCCAAGAAGAGGACUGUGCUGUAACUUUGGUUGUAGUAAACGGUGUAUCAAUUCUGGUUAUAAACCACCAAUCAAGCUUCAUUAAAACAUUUUUAAAACAUC